CCCUUAUUUUUUUUAUGACGAAAAUGACUUUCUCCCUCUUCACUUUCGCCCAACCACCAUUCAAUGAAUGUGAUGAAACCAAAAAAUAAAAAUUCUUUUGAUUAAAUUACUAUAUAAAGAGUAAUGAACAAGUAACUCAAGCAAUGCAAUACUAGCAAAAACAUGGGUUCUGUGGUAACCAAGUCUAAACCUUUCUUAGUUGCCCCAUCCAAACCAACCCCUAGGGGGAAACUCCUCUUCUCUCCAAUUGACAAGAUCCAAAUUUUGAGAUCCUUACUUGUUUCAUCUGUACAUGUUUUCGCACACACGGACGGCGGCGGCAGCGUUGAGAUUGUUAAUACGAUAAGACAGGCAAUAUCGGAAGCUCUAGUUCUGUAUUACCCGCUUGCAGGUCGACUCGUGGAUGUAGGGGACGGGGACCUCUACAUUGAAAGCACUGGAGAAGGAGUAGGCUUUGUCGAGGCAUCGGCGGAUUGUAGCUUGGAGGAUGUGAAUUUCUUGAAGCACCCUUCUGUGAUCCCGUUGGAAGAGCUGGUAGUAGAUCAUCGCGGUUGGAGAGUAACCGAUCCUCCCGUCGUUAUGCAGAUAACCAAAUUCACCUGCGGCGGAUUCGCCCUCGGCUUUGCAUGGCACCACUUACUCGCCGAUGGCACCGGAGCCGCGCAAUUCUUGAAUGCCGUAGGCGAGCUCGCCCGCGGCCUCCCACACCCAACCGUCGACCCGGUUUGGGCCAGGGAUUCUCUCCUCGAUGUUCCCCCGAAAAUGUCCUCAUUACCUUUAUCGACUCCGAACUUACUCCAGUUAGAGUACUCCGAGCUGAACAUUCCCUUAGAUUACAUCAAUCGAACUAAGGAAAACUUCUUUCGACAAACUGGGCAAUCGUGCACCGCAUUUGACGUGGCCUUGGCCACAAUUUGGCAGUGUCGAACACGGGCAAUAGGCUUAGAACCUACCGAACCAGUGCGGGUGUAUUUCGCGGUGAAUGUUCGCGAAAUGCUACAAGCUCAACCUGGCUACUACGGAAAUAGCAUUUUCUUUCAAACCGUUUUAUCGACUAGUCAGGAGAUUGCAGAGUCACCCAUGGUUGAGAUUAUUAAAAUCAUUAGAUCUGCCAAGGGUACAAUUUCGACCGAACUAACUAAAUGGAAGAGGGGCUUACUGAAAGACAGUCCAAUGGAGCAUGUUGAACUCAGCUACAACACACUGGGCAUAACUUAUUUGAAAAAUUUAGGGUUCGAGCACGUUGAUUAUGGAUCGGGAAAGCCGCUUUCGGUGACCGUACGUAAUGAAUAUAAAUUCGUCUCCUUCUGCGUGCUAGGUUCACCGCAUACUCGCGAAAAUAGGGUUUACAUAAAUGGGCGCAUUGUUAAGAAGGAGCACUUAGGGGCACUACGCAAAGAAAUGGAGCUGUUAAAAUAAUUUCAGAGGAAAGAGAUUUUUCAUCACCAAUAAUACGAAUGUUUUGUAUCGACGAAUUAGUUCGAUCGACUUACGAUCAGAAAUUAAUAAAUGCCUUGUAAUUUUUAGGGAUUCUCUAUAUAACUCUGUAAAAGGAGUACGUGCACGCAUAUAUGCAUGGCAUGCACAUUUAUGUAUCUAAUAUAUAUUUUAUUUGUAGCACACAAAAAUUAAAAAAAAAAAUGAAAUUUGUUAUGGUAAUUACUUGUGUUUA